GCUACCCGCACCCACCCUCUUGGAAUCAUCAGCGAUAAAUAGACCAACACCCAACCCUGCUUUUCCAUCCAGUAGACAAAACCGAUCGGAGCCAUGGCCGAACCAGCCACCGCCCUCCCCCUCGCCGAUCGGGUGGCCAUCGUCACCGGCGCGUCCGGCGGCAUCGGCCGCGCCGUCGCCCUCCACCUCGCCGCCCUCGGCGCCCGCCUCAUCCUCGUCUACUCCUCCAGCUCCACCCGGGCCGACCUCCUCGCCGCCGACCUCAACUCCCCCUCCCAAACGCGAGCUGUAACGGUCCAGGCUGACGUCUCUGACCCCGUCUCGGUCCGCUCCCUCUUCGACCGCGCCGAGCAGGCCUUCUCCUCCCCUCCCCACAUCGUCGUGGCCUGCGCUGGCGUCCUCGACUCCAAGUACCCCACCCUCGCCGACACCUCCGUCGAGGACUGGGACAAGACCUUCGACGUCAACGUCAAGGGUACCUUUUUAUGUUGCCGCGAGGCCGCCAACCGGCUGGUCCGCGGCGGAGGGGGAAGAAUCAUCACCUUUUCGUCCUCGAUAGCGGGCACGCUCCUCCCCAAUUACUCGGCCUACGCCGCGUCGAAUGCCGCGGUGGAGGCGAUGACAAGAAUCCUGGCGAAGGAGCUCCAGGGUACAGGGAUCACCGCGAAUUGCGUGGCGCCGGGGCCCAUCAAGACGGACCUGUUCCUCGCCGGCAAGAGCGAGGAGUUCGUGGAAAGUGUGAUCCAGCGGAGCUCGGGGAGGAUCGGGGAGACCACGGACGUGGCCCCCGUCGUCGGGUUCUUGGUCAAGGAUGAAGCCUUCUGGGUCAACGGCCAGGUGAUCCGAGUCAACGGAGGCUUUGUGUGAGGGAGAAUUUGGUUCGCCCCUAUAAUAAUGAUAAGAAUAAAGCUUUCUUAGUUGCCAUCCACUUUCUAUUAAAAUAUAAUAUCUAUUCUUAUUAAUUUUUAAGUUAUGUAUAUUUUAAUUUAGUUGUAUGUUGGAUUUAUAUAUGGGCUCAUAUAUGGUUGACUCA